GGGAUGUAGGGACAAGCUCUCUCCUCAGUCAUUUUAUUUACUCUGCUUGGUGUUACAUUGUUUUUAAGAGGCCGGCGAGGAUUCCGAGUGGAACGUUAGGAGAGAGCCUGACUCCCAAUCCCCGCCUGUAAUAGUAUUCAGUGAGCUUUUUAAUGGGAAGUUUGCCUGACAGGCAUCGGUGAAGACAGCUAUAUUACCCAUCAUGCUCAGCAGCCCAAACUGCUCUCUGGACCCUUUGGAGAUCUGAUGCUGCUGUUUCUUUGGCAAGAGGAGAGAGAAGCUGGGAUAGGGUGAGAUCCAGGGAUUGCUUUAUACAGGAUACUGUAUCAGACCUUCCCAUAAAUCCAUCAUCUCAGGCAGUGCUGCUACUGGAAGCCUUACAUAGCAGCAACACCAGGAAAAAUGCCUCUCUUUACCACCAACCCUUUUGAUCCUGAUGUAGAGAAGGCAACAAGUGAACUGAACACGGCUGAGGACUGGGGGCUUAUAUUGGAUCUUUGUGAUAAAGUUGGACACUCACGCUCAGGACCUAAAGAUUGUCUCCGCUCUAUAAUGAAAAGAGUGAACCAUAAAGACCCCCAUGUGGCCAUGCAAGCUCUCACGUUACUUGGUGCAUGUGUAUCAAACUCUGGCAAAAUAUUUCAUUUAGAAGUAUGCUCCAGAGAUUUUGCAAGUGAAGUUAGCAAUGUUUUAAAUAAGGGACACCCUAAAGUCUGUGAAAAGUUAAAAGCACUAAUGGUUGAAUGGGCUGACGAAUUCAAGAAUGACCCACAACUCAGUUUAAUAUCCGCAAUGAUAAAAAAUCUGAAAGAGCAAGGUGUGACCUUCCCAGCGAUUGGUUCACAGGCAGCCGAGCAAGCUAAAGCAAGUCCGGCAUUAGUAACAAAAGAUCCAGGAACUGUCACAACUAAAAAGGAAGAGGAAGACCUUGCAAAAGCUAUUGAAUUGUCACUAAAAGAACAAAAGCAACCAGGGACAACAUCCACUCUGUAUCCCAGCACGAGUUUCCUGACCAGUCACAAGCCCGAGGGCAGAAAAGUGCAGGCUAUAUACGACUUUGAAGCUGCUGAGGACAACGAACUGACGUUUAAAGCAGGGGAAAUAGUCACCGUGCUGGAUGACAGUGACCCAAACUGGUGGAAAGGUGAAACCCAGGAUGGAAUUGGAUUAUUUCCUUCUAAUUUUGUCACUGCUGACCUGACUGCCGAAUUGGAUAUGAUGAAAGUUGAGAAGAAGACAGUCCAGUUUAGUGAUGAAGUGCAGGUGGAAACCAUAGAACCAGAACCUGAGCCGGUUUAUAUUGAUGAGGAAAAAAUGGAUGAGUUGCUGCGAUUGCUUCAAAGUGCUGAUCCUACAGACGGUUUGCCAGACCCAGCUGAUUUACUUCAUCUAGAAGCUGCUUGUCACCAGAUGGGACCAUUAAUAGAUGAGAAGCUGGAAGAUAUUGACAGGAAACAUUCAGAAUUAUCAGAAUUAAACGUUAAAUUAAUGGAAUCUCUCUCAUUGUAUACAAAGUUGAUAAAUGAAGACCCAAUGUAUUCGAUGUAUGCAAAGAUGCACCCACAGUAUUACGUGCAGCCUGCCACUGGACCUCCCCAGCAGCCAUAUCCUCCAGUUCAACAUCCAAACACAGCCUACCUUGUUACAGGGAACACACAAAUGGGACCUAUACAUACCUACCCAAUCCCUUCAGAUCAACUGCCGUCUAUAAGUCAAGGGUCUGUCCCACAUCCUGCUCCGACAGAAAUGCCAAGCCAGUUACCUCAAGCUUCCUAUAAUUCUACAGUAAUUCAUUCAACUCCAGGAAACAAAUAUGUCCACCAGUCUGCAGGAUACAGCCCACAUCCUGCUACCUCCGCUGCGGCCAAUCAUACAAGUGCUUAUCCGGCUGGUAACAUUAUGUCUGGUGAUCCAAACUACACAACGACUUCUUCAGCUUCUUCUCUUCAUCUAAACGGUCAACCACCAAAUUACCCUCAGAAGGCUCUACUAUAGGUCUCAGAUUCCAAGCUGUAUAUUUUAAUAACGAAGUACUUGAUGGGUACAUCAUUCCCUACUUGCACUCUACCAGUCUAAACACAGCCCAUCAAGUAUUGUCUUCUUUUAAUUAACCUUGGCCUUUCACUUGUCUCAACACAAAUCAUUUUUUAUGACACAUCAUGUGAAAAAAAUGAUUAUCUGAAAUUGCCAAAACAAGGAAUCUUGGGUUUGGCUCAUUGCAGAAACAAACAUUUUGGUUAGACUGUUGUUACCCAUAUAUUGGGUCGGUUGUAACACGGUGUCUAUGUGGUUACAGUAGCUCGUCUACGUGACAAUGUCAUUAUAACUGGAAGUACGUUCACAUCUCUCACGAAAACCCCGCUUAACGGCUCUUGAUGAUAACCUAAAACAUCAAACGAUUUAUUCUUUCAAUUUUUAAUUUCUGCCGAUACACAUGCUGAUUCAUAAGAGCUAUAGUAGGUGCUGUUAAUUUGUUUUAUUAACGGUUUAAAAUGAAUACAAUUAAAGAAAAGACGAGAAAUUGUAAAGGAGCUAACAUAUCCUGGAAAAAUUAGUUUUAAGUCUCAAAUAAAGUGCAUUCUGUGAACCGGUUGAAAAUAACUUAAGGUACACAGAUGGUUUUAUUGAUUAGAUAAUGCAUUGCUUUAUGACAACCGAAGUGCAAAUGAAGGCUAAAGUUGCCUAAAGUCCAAAUUGGCCUUUUUGGCCUGCAUUUUGUAACUUACCUGUUGGCAAGUAAACUUUUAAAUUGGUAAUUAGAAAAGUCCAUUUGUUUUACAGGAAGUUUUCAUUUGUAUAUGAUAAAAAAAAAAAAAAAACAUUGGCAUUUAACCAUUUUUAUGUGAGAUAGGGAAAGGUGAGCAUCUAUAAUAUUUGGGUUUCGGGCCGUGAGAUGUACAUUUUGACCUUGCCUUUAAUUAGUCCUGUGUGAUUGGAUGGUAGAUGUGAUGCCAAAGAUGGAGCAUGAACGACCAUAAACUCAGUUAAAGUUAGGAAGGAAUAUACAUAACAUCCAGUGUAGCAUAAUAUGGUAUAUAUAUAUAUUUUUAAGAACAAAUUAAAGGGACAAUUUCAAGUUUAACACUUCUUUUUUUUUCUCAGAAGCACAUUUUAUGACUGCUACUAUUGGUUUUAUUUUCUCUGUGACUUAUUAUCUUUUUUUAAAUAAUGACAGCAUUUGUACAUAAUUAUAAUACACUGUUGUAUAGAAAUGUUAAUUUAGUAAAUAAGUUAUUUCUUUACUUGGGGUAAGUUUGCCAAAUAUGUUCAUUACUUCAUUUAUCACACUAGUUCCAAUUAUUUCACUACAAAACUUGGCGAUUGCAAGGGCAAAUUCUAUAAAGCACCCUGGAAUACAACAGGUUAACUUUGAGUCACAUCUCGAUUCUGACACUGAAGGAAAUGGAGGGAAUCGAUUUUCUAGAACUAUACCAUGUAUGUAUUUGUAGAUACUAAAUUUAAACUCCUGCAUUUCAGUGUAUCUCUCAUCGUGCAAGUGCCUGUUCACAAAAUAUUAGAUGUAUCCAACCAGUGUCCUUUAAAUUUAUAUCUACUUGUGAUUGUGCAUUUCUUAUUUAUCUUCCCAUCAUAAAACAUGUCUAAUCAAUUCUCUUCUGCCAAUCUCGUAGUCCGAAUUUGAUUUGUUUACUUGAUUGGAAAGUGAAUCUAGUCAGGCUAGGUUCAUGUUGGACAACUUGUCCAUAAAUUGCACUUUAUACAUACGGACCAAAGUGCUAAAUGAUAAACCUUCGGGGGAAAGAUUCCAUUGGAUUGGUUUGGUUUUCAUGGUGAUCGUUCAACAUUUAGCAAUUUGCAAAAAAAAAAAGAUAAUUAUCUUUUAUACAAAACACUCAACGACUCCAUAAAUGUACGGAUUCUAAAUGGCUAAAGCAUUAAAACCUGACCUAAUAAUUGUCAACAUAACACUGCAAUAUAUACAGCACAAGCUUAUUUUUAUGAUGGAUUCCCUCUACUAAAUGGUUUUACUAAAUUGGGUAUUUCUGAUGUUUUGAUAUUUUUCAUAGGGAGAUACAUGUUAAUGCACGCAGCAAUAUAUUUAUUUCCAAUUACCUUGUAUAUGAAAUUCAGAAUGUCUUGCAGCGGCUGAAGAGACACUUUUAAUUCUUAUCCAGGAAAGUAAAUAUUUCCGUGCUACAUAUAUGCAAAUAUUUAUUUUGCAUUUUAUAAUUAUUCUUUUUUUAAAUUAUUUUUAUUAAAAGAUUGACAUAAGAAUAAUGCUGAAACUUGGUAGAGCAUUUGUGCUUUGGGAAUGGUUUCUUGAGGAAAUCUAACCAAGUUCACAUUCUUACCAUAUUCUCUAGGCCCACACUUAGCCUCGAGCAGGGAUGCGCCCAAAAGGUAGAUCCCCAGAUAUUGUAGAACUACAACUUCCAUGAUGCUUUGCAUGCCUUUAGAAUGGCAAAGCCUCGUGAAAAGCUGCAGUUUUAAAACAUCUGGGGAUCAUUGGACUCUCCACUAAUCAUAACUAGGAUGGGAAAUGUCUCAACAAAAAUAUAUACACAUAUAUAACUAUUUCCCUAUUCAGACCAUGCAAAGACUGUUAAAGGGACAGUCCAAUGCUGCACCCCCCCACCCUAAAAAAAAAAAAACUGUCUUGUAGAUAUACCCUCAAUGAAAAUAUGCGUGCAUUUAAUUAUGCAUUUUUUCAUUGGUGGUAUGUCUAACUAAAACAGCUGGCAAACGCUUUAGACCUUGACUCCAGCCUUCCCCAGUCCAGACUUUCUGUGGCUGUCCAAUCAGAGACUUCACAAUUUAACGCCAUGAGAAGACUUUUUUAAGGCAGUUGCUCUGGGCAAUUUCUCCCUCUUUUGUUUAGCUCCACUGAGAGAAAUAACAGGACGGGUUGUUUGACAGCCAAGAGGAUGCAACGAGGUGAAUUUAGAAAAGUGCCAAUUUCCUUUAAAAUCUGCAUGGUUUGCAAAAUGGAAAAAGAGGACAUGCGUAAAGCACUUAAGCAAGCUGAAGUGCAUGAGGAGUCUGGAGUGUCCCUUUAACUUUUGAUGUAUCAAUGAAGUGGACAUGAAUUUAUCUCCUACAGAAAUAUCAGUGACACCUGAUCAGUUUUUUUUUUUGUUUUUUUUCAUAAUGCGAACUUACAUUGUGUUUCAGGUAAUUACUUUCUAUUUCAUUAUGGUCAUAACCUGACCGGAUCAGAAAAAUUAGACUAAUGCAUAUAUUUUAUAAGUACUGUGCACAAUAAAUUAUUAGACACAAAGCUACGGAUUAAUUAGGUCUUCCAUAUUAAUUACUGAUUGUGCAUUAACAGCUUCUCGCUAUGAUAAAUGGGAUCUAUAUGUUACUGCACUGCCUUGUGUGUGUUUCAUUUUAUUUAUACAGCCGCACACACAAGGUGGCAAGUGCAGUAACACACCAUUUCACAUGUAAAAUGCAAACCAACAAUGUUUUAGAUAUUAUGUCCCUUAUUUAAUUUUGCAAGUUCCUCCAUACUUUUGAAAUACAUUUCAUUACCAUGUAUGUAUUAUAAACUGGAAACUGAUGUCCCAAGAUAAUGUAAUUUUUUUAUGUCCUCAAAUAAAUCCAAUUACCUAG